AUGCUGCUGGAGGGCGAUGAUCCAACCGACUUACUUAAAAGGCGCUCUUCAUCCGAACAGCGGGACAAAAAGUACUGGGUUCCAUCUGGCGCUAGUAAGAGGCUCUGUGGAGUUGGUAGCCAGUAUGGAAACUUCACUACCAUAAUACCCUAUAUGGAAGGUAGCGUGAGGGAGCAACCCGUGAAGCUUAAAGGUUUACCUAAUUUCUACACAAAUCCUGGAAAGAAGGGUACCGGGUAUGGAUAUCCAAACGUGGCUUUGAAUCCCCUGCCUGAAUGGGAACCUGGCGAUGGCACGUCCUCGGAUCUCAAUGCAGUAUCAGUGAAGGAACUAAAUCAGAAACAUCGUGAUCUAAGCCUUGGAAGGGCAGCAUUCGUUUCUGCACACCCGGGUGGAAGAGACUUCGAUCAAAAUCCCUAUGAAGGAGGCGAUCCACUAGCUCCAGGAGGUCGCCCCUUGAUGAAUUUCAGGGAAAACGAGACUUCAAAAGGUGAAACAAAAACUUCUGCAUUCUAUCCUUCGAAUGCAUUUAUGAAAUACAAAUUUCCGGAAUAUGAGAGUGAACCAUUUAAGGAAGUGGAGAAGAUUAUGCAAGAAAAAUUCAAGUCGAAGCUUAUCCGAGGACAACCAAUCUGGUACCCACCUGCAACCACGGCGCUAGAAAAGCCGAGCAUGUCGGUGAUAAACAAAAAUAUCGAUCUGGCUAUUAAUCCAGUCACUAGGAAGACGAGAACAUUUGUCACAAAAUUCUGUGAACCAAAGUAA